AUGGCCACUGUCAACUCUGCCGAUUGUUUCUGGGGUGCCCCAACAUCAAAGGCCAACUUCUGCGAGGCGGACUAUACGAUCAGCAAAUAUGUCGCCGAGUUUGUCAACAGCCUGACGAAUAUCGUCUACAUCAUCUACGGCAUCUACGGGUUGCGCCGACUACAACGGAGCGCGGACAAGUAUAAGGAUCCUUUACGGGUCCUUCCCUACUGGGGAUUAAUAGCAGUCGGCCUGUGCUCAUUUGCAUUCCAUCUCAGCCUCAAGUACCACACCCAAAUGAUGGACGACCUCUCUAUGCAUUUCGCGACAACCCCGGUUCUACAUCGUGUCCUCACAGCUAAUUCGAAUCGCCAGGACUCUGUCAUUUCUGCUAUCGUGCUUGGUUCUGUUUUGCUCAUUCUGAUAUUAUUCCAUGUGAUUACUGAUGAGUUGAUCCUUCAUUCCGGCUUCUUUAUCUGUUCGGUGACCGUCAUUGGGCUUUACACUAUUCGGCUCAUUAAUCGCCGGACGCUGCCGGACUCAGUUGCCCGGCGACAAAUGUGGGGAAUAGUUAAAUUUGGAGCAGCAAUCUUCAAUCUGGGGUAUUGGUUUUGGCUAGUUGAUCAGUGGGCCUGCACGUACUUGACUAAAGCGAGAGAAACAGUAGGUUUUCCCUGGGCUUUGGUGUUAGAGUUUCACGGGUGGUGGCAUAUCUGUACUGGGAUAGGGGCCUACAUCUUUAUCGCUGCUGUAGAUCUCCUGGUUUCAGGUGAGGAUAUCAGUGAGCCCAAGCAGUCAUUCGCCUGGCCUGCUUCCUGGGCAGCGACAUCGAUUUUUGCAGGACGUGGACUGUCUCGUGCCCAGGAGGAGAGUAAGAAACAAAAGUAG